GUCGCAUUGCCCUGCUCUAAGGUUCUCUUGGUCGCCAAUCCCAGCUCGCUUCGGUCAUUGUCGUGGUGUCGGGCGAUCUGACCUCCAAAUCCUCCCCUUCAGAGCUUGCAAAUCGUGAUCUACACAACUCCCCUCACGCCAGAGCUGUUCUUUUCCUACCCUCGAGAGGUCACCCUCGGCAAAUGUAUCUUAUCUUUCUUCAGCUCAAAUGCUCACGAAUGACAUCACUCUGAGGUAUAGAACGUGAGCUGUGGCCCCGAGUCCAUUCUCCCCUGAAAGCCUCCGCCGGCACUUGCCCCACAAUAUGGACGAGCAACGGCACCGCAACCCUCUCCUCGAGCAGGACGAGAGGAUCCGCGAACGAGAGAGGGAACGCGAAAGAGAAAGAGAAAGAGAGCAGAGGGAACGCGAAAGCGACCGCGCAAAUCGAGAACCAUACCCGCCGAGCGCGCCUCACCACAGCAAUGCCGGCUCCAUCCCAAUCCACCAGCCUGUCGCGAACCGAUUUCCCGGCACAAUACACAGCCCGGGUGGCCUGUUGGCCAACCACGGUGCCAACCCAACAAGCGUGCCACUUGGCGCGCCCUCUGGGCCAGGAGGGCCUCCAGGAGGCGUCCACGGCGACUCCAACAGUAGGCAGCUUCCUCACGGCGUCCAGAAUGGCGCUGCCCCGUCGCAGCAUCAGAUGUUCGCCCCGGCACCACAUGGUCCCAUGCCGCCCAACGGGCCCUCCGGAAGUGCUGCGACCAUGUUCGGGCCUCCCCUCCAGCCGGAAGGCGGUAGGGGUGCCGCGCAACACGUGCCUUUCAGUGCCGGUAUGGCGCCUGGUCAUGCAUUGGCCCCCGUCUCGGGCAACAUGAACCAGGGUCAGCAGCCCAUACUCAAUGAUGCUCUCAGCUACCUUGACCAGGUCAAAGUUCAGUUCUCGGAGCAGCCAGACGUGUAUAAUAGGUUCCUCGAUAUCAUGAAGGACUUCAAGAGCCAGACGAUCGACACACCGGGUGUGAUAAGUCGCGUCUCCGAACUGUUCGCCGGCCAUCCCAACUUGAUUCAAGGCUUUAACACAUUCCUCCCACCGGGAUACCGGAUCGAAUGCGGGUUGGAGAACAACCCGAACAGCAUCAGGGUAACGACGCCGUCGGGCACCACCCUCCAUUCGAUUGGCCCUGGCAGGUCGGUGCAGAUAGAGUCGGGUCCACCACCGUCUUCUGCCCCCAGGGAGCGCUUCGCGGACCAGCGCCCACCCAACUGGCAAGGCCCAGUGCAGCACAGCAUCGAAAGCCCAGAAGUCCAGUUCAGCACACCCGCUCAGAGUGGCCACGGUCCCAUCCCCCACGGAUCAGGCCAGAGUGCGCCUUUCGAUUCCCACAGCCCUGUGCAGCAGCGAGGCCAGCCUCCACCACAGGCGACCUCGGCAACCUCUCACCCCCCUGUUGCUCGAAAUGCGCUCACUCCAACCCCAGCUGCUGUUCAGGCGUUGAAUGGGGCUGCUGCACAAUCGCAGGCCAACAUAGAGAAGCGAGGCCCGGUCGAGUUUAAUCAUGCUAUAAGUUAUGUGAAUAAGAUCAAGAACCGCUUCCAAGAUAAACCCGAGAUUUACAAGCAGUUCUUGGAGAUUCUGCAGACGUACCAGCGCGAGCAGAAGCCAAUCCAGGACGUUUACGCCCAAGUCACCACACUGUUCAACGCUGCCCCAGACCUCCUCGAAGACUUCAAGCAAUUCCUGCCAGAGUCGGCUGCGCAGACGAGGGGAGCUGCCCAACGCGCCGAGGAGUUCACCGCCAUGACCAAUAUGGCCUCGACGCCCCAGCCUGGGCACACGGCUCGAGAUGGGCCCAAGGGCCCGCCGGUCGGCACCUUUGCACCCCCAGCCAGCACGAGCAAGGAGAGCAAGAAACGCGCCCGACCAGACAAGCAGGCUGGUCCCCCUACGUCAGCGCCCGUCGAUCCACCGACGUCCAACAUGCGAGGAGCGCCCGCAUCGGCAAGCAACAAGAGAUUGAAGACCAACCACCCCAAGCCGGGCGUUGCUGAGGGUGUUGAGCCCAACCUUACGCCCUGCAUGCCGGUGCCUCUGGCGCCCACUUCCCCUGCUACCUCUGGCGAUCUCGAGAUAGCCUUCUUCGACAAGGCCAAAAAGUUCAUCAACAACAAGACGGCGUUCUCCGAGUUUCUCAAGCUUUGCAACAUGUUCACCCAGGAGCUUCUCGACAAGGAUGACCUCAUUGCUAAGGCGUCACAAUUCAUUGGCGGCCACGCUGAGCUCUUUGGCUGGUUCAAGGAGUUUGUAUCCUUUAGUGGAGAGGACCAUAUCAUUGAACAGCGCCCCGAGCCUGCAACUGGCCGCGUGUCUUUGAGCAAUUGCCGCAGUUACGGGCCAAGCUAUCGCCUGCUUCCCAAGAGAGAGAGGCUCAAGCCGUGUAGCGGCCGCGACGAGCUUUGCAACUCGGUCUUGAAUGACGAAUGGGCGUCUCACCCUACGUGGGCUUCCGAGGACUCUGGCUUCGUCGCCCAUAGGAAGAACGCAUUCGAGGAGGGUCUCCACCGGAUAGAGGAAGAACGCCACGACUACGACUUCUACAUUGAGGCCAACCAGAAGUGCAUCCAACUCUUAGAGCCCAUCGCGCAGCAGAUGUUGACGCUGACACCCAACGAUCGAGCCAAUUUCAGGAUGCCCACGGGCCUCGGUGGUCAUAGCCAAUCCAUCUACAAACGAGUCCUGAAGAAAGUGUACGGUCCAGAGCAUGGCCCACAGGCUGUCAACGACAUGUUUUCCAACCCAUUCAGCGUUGUGCCGGUGGUGCUAGCCCGACUGAAGCAGAAGGACGAAGAGUGGAGAUUUUCUCAGCGCGAGUGGGAACGGGUUUGGCAGACGCAGACUGAGACCAUAUACCUCAGGUCGCUCGACCACAUGGGCCUGUCUAUCAGGAAUAACGACAAGCGCACCUACUCGGCCAAACACCUCGUCGAUGUCAUCAAGACGAAACACGAAGAGCAGAAGCGGAUGCGGUCUGCGAGACACAAGAUCCCCCACUAUCAGUUUCAAUGGAACUUCGAAGACAAGGAGCUCAUUCUGGAUCUCCUCAGGCUUAUGUUCCUGUAUGCCAUGAACAGUGGGCAGCAUGGCGCCACCGAGAAGGAGCGCAUUCUGGACUUCUUCGAGACCUUCAUCCCCCAAUUCUUUGACCUCCCAGAGGACAAGGUGCAGGAAAGACUUGCCAACAUUGAUAGGGACUCAGGCGACGAAGACGCCGAGGAGCUUCCUCCAACUGAGCUGACAAAUGGGAGGUCGGGACGUCGUAACGGUCGCAAGUCUGAUCUGCUACGCGGCGUUCUUGACCCUGGUCGCAACGGUAGCAAGCCGCGCACCCACAAGGAGGGCAGCGCAGCAUCGGGAAGCAAGGAGACCACGCCCGACGUGGCCUCUGGCAAUGAGGAAGAGAUGCCUGAUGCCCCCGAAGAUGCCUCAGUGCCCGAGAUUGGUGCCAACGAUAGGUGGCUUGCCACCGCUCCUGUGCCCACGGUCGCAUCCGGCGACAACUCUUUGCUUGACGAACAGGGUGACCUGAAGGCCGAUGGCUCCUUUCCUCGGCCCUGGUUCAACUUCUUCUGUAACCAGACCAUUUAUGUCUUCUUCAGCAUCCUACAGACGGUAUACCAACGUCUGAAGGGUGUCAAGGACAACAAGGAAAGCGUACUCAACGAGAUACGGCGUGAGAAGCUGGAGAAGCCGGCCAAGGUCCUGGGCCUGGUCCAGGAUGACCUCAAGUUCUUCAGCGACCUUCCGGAGGACAAGUUCUGGAGCCGGACACUCGAGCUGAUCGAGGAUUUCAUAAACAGCGACAUCGACGAGAACCGCUAUCAGGACGUCUUGCGGCAUUACUACCUCAGCAAUGGCUGGCAACUCUACACAAUCCAAGACUUGCUCAAGACUCUUUGCCGCCUUGCCCUUGUCUGCAACAAUACUGACAACAAGGACAAGACACCAGACCUGAUCAAGCAAUACAUGCUCAGCCGACAGCAUGACGAAACCAGUUACCAAGUCGAAAUUAGCCACCGCAAGUUUGCUGAAAAGUGUAUCAAGGACGGAGAGAUGUUUGUCAUCACCUGGAUCCCAGGCAAGAACGAGGCAACAGUUCGCUGGCUCCAGAAGGAUGACACGACCUUCCACAUGGAUGAGAUGGAGCUCAGAGACCGCUGGCAAUACUACAUCUCCUCAUGGAUGCGCACCGAGCCAACCGAAGGCGUGCCUAGGUCGCGCAUGCAAAAGGUCGUGCUCACUCGCAACCUACCCUCAGGGGAUGCCGACUCGGACGGCGAUUACCAACCGAAGGCCAUCUCUUACAGUGAGGGUCUGGUCCUGAAGAUCUGCCUCAACACGUCCAAGAUCAGCUACGCCAAGGGCACCUCCAACUACUUCAUCUAUAACAUUGACGGAGGGUCUGCCGAGGAGCGCGAGGAGCGAGAGCAACGAAAGCAGCUCGUCAGGGAGGUUCGCAACCAGAAGUUCACCGAGAAGAUGGCCAUGAACAGCCCCUGGAUGAAGAACCUCAGCCAGGAACAGGUUCAGCAUGCCAAGGAGGCUUACGAGAAGUGGAAGACGGAGGGCAUCGCACCCGCUCAGGACGACGAGUAACACGCUCCUGCUGUGAGUGCGGCGCGGUUGCGUUAACGACACGAGCUUUCGGUAUGAAUGCGUGCCAAGCCCACGCGCCUCGGGUCGGACCAACUCUUCUGAAUCUUGGGCCCUCUGGCCCCCAGUAAUUCAUCACUAUGAUAAGAAAAGACAAAAAAAAAAAAGAAUCCGUUCAAGUACCGACCAGGUGGAUGAUGACGAAACGAGCACUUGCAUUAUGGGGGGGAGUUGCAAGACACGACGAUCUCGAAUGGGGCGACGGGAAUGGGGAGGGUCGUAGACACGAUAGUGAGCAGUUCCAGCUUUGUUCCCUGCAUCAUGCACGAGAGACAGAGAGAGACAGAGAGAGACAGAGAGACAGAGAAAGGGAAGACAUUUGGAGAUCACGGCCGACUGAUUGCUUGCUCGACUUACAGUACCUGUCAAUUUUGGCCGUCCACAUCAUGAUUGAUUCCCUUGUGCCCGGUCGCAGCAGCCAUGACUGCUAGUAGUGGCAGGGGGAAAGGGGGAGGAAAGGAGAGACACACACGCCUGUGGCCGCUCGACCGCUCGUCCCUUGAGGGGGGUAGAGGCAUUGGUUUUCGGGAAGCUGUUUUCUGUACUGCUAAAUAACGAGUAAUAAAUUCUCUCGUAUGCAAACGUGGCCCCACUGACUUAUCGUGGACUUCGCAUGUGGACAUAAAUGCCGCGUUUGCAGUCGAUAUACUCCUCUUUCUCUUCUACGAUAUAGACAUAAUGGCGAAACGACCUCGAGGGGGGGCAUCACGGCAUGUCUGGACAAG